UAGGCCAAUGAACUUUUGAAAGUCAAAAUACAACAAAUGUACAUGAAACUAUUAAUCAAUUUGUAAAAAUAAAAGAGGCAAUAAUUCACGACUGAUAGACCUGUGCUAUAAACCCAGUAAAACUAAUAAUAUAAGACCUAAUAAAAAUUACAUCUCAGUAAAAUGACGUUUGUUUAUCAAGGAGAUUCUGAUUUGGAAGCCAAAGCUAAAAAAGCUGCUGAGCGGAUCUCAGAAAACAUGCACAUUGUAGCCAACGAGCCUUCCCUAGCCCUGUACAGGCUGCAGGAGCAUGUGAGGAAGGCCCUGCCGCCCAUGGUGGAGCGCAGAGUGGAAGUCACGAAGUUACAGCAUGAUCUUCAGGGGCGAUGCUAUGAUGUGGAGUAUGCUCUGAGUGCCGUUAAAUCAAUGGACAGCGCAGUAACCAGCUUCACAAACAUACAGGAAAUGCUAAAACAAUCCAUAUUUCUUAAACAACAACUAAAAUACGAGGAGGGUAGGAGAAAUAAAAAAGAUUCCAGUUCUGUUUACAAGCGUCUCUCAGCACACAUUGUUUUAGACCUUCCCGAUCUCUCAGAGUUCUCUAUGGUUAGGGAGACGACUAACCGGAUAGAAAAUAUGAUGGCACAGGCUAGGGGAUCCUCGGCAGAGUUGCAUAGAUCUCAUACUACACUACAUUGAAUUAUUAUUAAGUACAUGUCUAGUGGACUUUGAGUUGAUCCCCUUUUCAGACUGUACUAAAGUAGUAGGUUUCCCGAAAAUGCAAAUUAUGAGUAUCAAGUCACUUUUCCCUAAAGUCCAAUCAAAUAUGAUUUUUAUACCAAACUCAUAAUGGAGAAACUCUAGU